AACCAAAACAACGACACGCCCCGGCAGCCCUUGCGCCCGCUCCCCUCCCGCCACCAUCACCAUCGCCGCCACCCGGAGGGCCCCGCUUCGGGGGCGUGAAGGCGGGCGCGGACACCCGCCGCCGCCAUGAAGCUCCGGGUGCGGGUGCAGAAGCGAACGGCGCCGUUGGAGGUGCAGGGGGCGGAGCCAACGCUGGGGGAGCUGCGCGCGCAGCUGCGCCAGGCCCUGCUGCCCGCCUGGGGGUACAGUUCUGAUACUGAGUUUUCAAUAACAUUGAACAGAAAAGAUGCUCUCACAGAAGAUCAGAAGACCUUAGCGUCAUAUGGGAUUGUUUCUGGUGAUUUGAUAUGCUUAUUACUAGAAGAAGCAGAUGGACAACCCAACCUACCUCCUCCUCCUUCUGCUCCUCCCCAACUUGAGAAUGGUCAUGAGCCGUCCACCUUGAUCCCCAACAAAAGUCAGGCCAACAGUCCAAACGAAGAAGGGCAGAAUGAGCAAUCUGAAAACCAGAAAGCUCAAGUGGAAGUUCAAAAGACUGACGAGAGGGCAGGAUCCAGUCUAGAGUUUCCUUCUGGAUUAGUCCCAGAAGAUGUUGACCUGGAAGAAGGUACAGGUUCCUAUCCCUCCGAACCCAUGCUGUGCAGUGAAGCUGCUGAUGGUGAAAUACCACAUUCCUUAGAGAUGCUCUACUUUUCUGCUGAGUGUACCAGUGCCGCUGAUGCCUUGAUUGUUCUAGUACAUCUUCUCAUGAUGGAGACAGGCUAUGUACCUCAGGGGACAGAAGCCAAGGCAGUGUCUAUGCCAGAGAAAUGGAGAGGGAAUGGUGUUUAUAAGCUACAGUACACUCAUCCUCUUUGUGAAGAAGGUUCUGCUGGUUUGACUUGUGUGCCUUUGGGAGAUCUUGUUGCUGUUAAUGCAACAUUAAAAAUCAACAAAGAGAUUAAAGGUGUUAAGAGAAUACAGCUAUUGCCAGCAUCCUUUGUUUGCUUUCAGGAGCCAGAAAAGGUUGCAGGUGUUUACAAAGACCUUCAGAAAUUAUCCCGUCUCUUUAAAGACCAGCUGGUUUACUCUCUUCUGGCUGCUGCCCGACAAGCUCUGAACUUGCCAGAUGUAUUUGGGUUAGUGGUCCUCCCUCUUGAGCUCAAGCUUCGGAUUUUCAGACUUCUGGAUGUCCGUUCACUCAUCUCUCUUUCUGCUGUUUGCCAUGAUCUUUACACAGCUUCAAAUGACCAGCUUCUAUGGAGGUUUAUGUAUCUGCGAGAUUUCCGAGAUCCUAUUGCAAGGCCUCGUGACACAGACUGGAAAGAACUGUACAAGAAAAAGUUGAAACAGAAGAAGGAGGCCCUGAGAUGGAGGCACAUGAUGUUUCUGCCCCCUACACCUCAUCCAAUCCCCUUUCAUCCCAACCCAUUCUAUCCUAAUCCCUUUCCUCCCAACCCGUUCCCAUCAAACCCAAUCUAUCCCCCAAUGAUCAUUGGUGGAGAAUAUGAUGAGAGACCAACACUUCCGUAUGUUGGAGACCCAAUUAACUCACUCAUUCCUGGCCCAGGAGAAGCACCAGGCCAGUUUCCUCCUUUCAGACCACAUUUUGACCCAAUUGGUUCCUUGCCUGGAGCAAACCCUACACUUCCAGGACGAGCUGGUCCCAAUGACAGGUUUCCACCUAGACCCAGCCGGGGCCGCCCCAUGGACAUUCGCCGUGCGUUCAUUUGAUUGCUGCUUUUUCCUUCAGUGAGUUUUCUAGUCCCUGAGCUUGCUUUCUAACUGCAGGAGAUUGCAAAUCCCAGGCACUAACAUCUGCCUUCUCUUCAGAUUGUGGCAAGAACAUGUGUGCAUGGUAAUGUUUCAACCACAAAGGCUGGGUUUGUUUUAUGCUCUGGUAGUACUGUACCAUCUGGCACUAAGGUCUGUUUCAUGAAGAGCUACAACUUAGAACCUUGCCCUUAAUCAUCUGUGAAGUGCUACUUAGAGACCAGAAGGAUACCAGCCAAAUAUUUGCUGCAUCAGAUAAAGAGCACUUUAAAUACAAA